AUGAACUCGGUCCACCCUGCAAAUGGAGCAGAACUAGCGAAGGCUUUGAAGCUGCUGGGGCUGUUGAAGACAGUAAAAGAGGACCCACAGCGUGUUGCGCUCAUUUUCGUGGUCCUGAAAGAGAACAUCCAGAGCUUUGGGCCCCAAGAGAUCUCACUGGAUGCGUUAAACGGUGAGGAUAACGUGGACAAGCUCCACCAAAUGGGGAACAGGUCGAGGAAAUCCUUGCGAGAGUUUGGAAUCGCCACAAUCGGUGACUUGCGAACGCUUUUGGCGACGGAGGAGGCGAAGGAUACGAACGCAGUGGUGAAGCUUUCAUUUGCAACUCUCCGUCGACGCCUGACCACGCACGACGAGAACCAACAAUGGUCUGUGUGUUCGACUCCAUUCCGCAGUUUGUAUGGGGGCCUGAGCUGGACGCCAAGUACUUGCGUAGCAGUGAUUCCGACACAUUAG